CCCCGCUCUCGCGAGAGCCGCGCCCGGAAGCGGCCGAGCCGGCGCUGAGGGCCCGCCCGCCAUGGAGGCCCCGCGGGCGCUGCCGCUGCUGCUCCCGCUGCUGCUGCUGCUGCUGGGGCUCUGCGCCGCCGACGGCUCGCAAACGGAGCCCGGCGGAUCUCCCGCGGUGUCUGAGGGAGCCGGAGCAGGUGACAACGGGGAGCACACGAACACGAACACAGGGAACGGAAACGAGCAGACGGACCAGGGUAACUCCAACAACGGCAACCCCAACACAGACACGAGCGGCGGGACCAACGCGGAUGAGAACACGCAAAAUGAACAGCAGGACAAAAAUCCGACUGUAAACGACAGCAACGACAAGAAGGAGAAUAAGGAGUCACAAAAAGGCAACGGCACAGAGGCUGCUCAGGAGGGCCAAGGUGCAGAUGGCAAUGGUAGAAGCAGCAACGGAGGAGGUGGGGAACAAGGAGGCGAAAACCAGAACAGCAGCAGUGGUAACACAGGCAAGACAGGCAGUGAUGGGCAGGACAGCGCAGGCGGUGCCCCUGGUAGCCAGGGCACUGCAGGGGCCAGCAGUGUUAGCCAGGGCAAUGCAGGCAGUGGCACUGUUGGCCAGGGCAGUAAAGACUCCAGCACUGCAGACACGGGCAACCAAAGCAGUGGCACUGGUAGCCAGGGCACUACAGGGACCAGCAGUAAUGGUGACAGUGGCAGCCAGAACAACAACAACAACCAGCAGAGCAGUGUCAGCAAGAACGGCCAGGGUGGCAGCCAGGCAGGGGACAACGAGAACGGGGGCAGCACGGGUGACAAGGACAAGAACAGCAGUGACAAGAACACAAAUGGCAGUACCAACCAGAGCAACAGCCAGAACAGCAAUGACCAGGACAACACCAACAGGGACCAGGACACCAACCAGGGCAGCAACAACCACAACAGCAACACCCAGGACAGCACCAACCAGGACCAGGGCAACACCCAGGGUGGCACCAACCAGGGCAACGGUGACGGGAGCAGGGCUGGCAACGGGGCCAGCAGCCCAGGCGGGCAGCAGGCCCAGGCUGAGAGCCAGGGCAGUGCUGCUGGCGAGCAGCCUCAGGGCCAGGACAGUGCUCAGAACUCCCAGGAGGAGCAGAGUCCUGUGUCCCACUCGGCUGCCCCCGCUGGGGAGGGUGACAGCUCCUUGGAGAAUGAGGAGAGCGCCGUGGAGGACGUGGCCAAGGCUGAGGAGGGCAGUGACACCUCCCUGGAGCAGGACAGGGACAGGAGUGUUCCCUCCCUGCCCAGGGCCCGCUCGGAGAGCAGCCACUUCUUUGCCUACCUGGUGACCACGGCUGUCAUUGUCGCUGCCCUCUACGUGGCCUACCACAACAAGCGCAAGAUCAUUGCUUUUGCUCUGGAAGGAAAAAGAUCAAAAACGGGUCGACGGCCCAAAUCUGGUGAUUAUCAGAGACUGGAUCAGAAGAUCUAGAUUCCUGCUCAGAUGAUGGCGGGGCUGCAGUGCUGCCACAGUUGGAUUCCAGCCACGGGAAGGAGGGGAAGCGCUUUUUGUUUUGCACCUGCACCUUGAUAAAACCUCUCACUUCCCUGAAUUGCUCCUUUCCCAGCUGCCUUGUUUUCCCCCUGGGCGUCUGGCUGCUGGAAAAGCCAGACCCAGGACUUGUGUGUCCCAAUGCAAUGGAAUUUGCCAUCUGCUGGACUGACCCCUCCUAUUUUGGGGAAAUUAAGGAUCUGCUGCACAAUGAGCCAUGGGACUGUCCCUUGCCUGGGAACGACACUGCCUUGGUCUCCUCCUGCCCCUCCUUCUCCACCUGCUGGGUUUGGAUGCUCAGGGUGGGAGCACCUGAGUUCUCUGGAAUUGAUCCAGCACAGACUCAGAUUUGGGUUUUCUCUCCCUGGUCAGUCUCACACCCAGAUUCCCUUUUCCACACACACCUUUGGCCGUGCUGAAGCAGUUUUUGUAGCUCAAACCCUCUGUGCUCCAUGCAGGUCUCUUCCCUCCCAGUGCUCCCAGUUCAGCCGUUUGCACUGGGGGUGUUGGUAGUGGUGGGCUGUGGAGGAGGGGGUCAGGCUGGGGAAUCCAUGCCCUGUUGGGUCAGGGAUUCAGGUGGGAAGAUUGCUUCCUGCCCUCGUCAGGUGUGGGAAGAAAGGAAUGUAAAUCCCUGAGGAGUUUGGGAUGAGGGAGGCUCCCAGUCCCUCCAGUGCUGGACCUGUACUGGUCAGCCCAAGGGUUGGUGCCCCACUCACACCUGUGAGGUGGUUUUCAUUCCUGCAGCUCCACUCCCCAGAGAUUUCUUCAAGCUGGGAUGUUUCUGGAGAGGGCACAAAGUACCUGCUUGGCUCCUGCUUUGGAUUUCUCCAGAAAAAAAAAGAUUUGAGGAGCCCAGAACUCCUCACGUGGGCACCCAGCUGUGCCACGUCAGGUGCCAGGCGUGUGCCAGUCCUGCACUGACUGCAUGGGAAGAGUCCCAGGAUGGUUAAGUUCCCUUCUGGGGGCUUUUUCUGGCCCUGCCAGGCUUGGGAGCAAUCAGCUCCUUGCCCUGUGGUCACCUUGGACAAGGGCAGAGCUGUUUCCUGGUCACUGUGAAAGCUGCAGCUCUAGUUUUGAUUUCUUAAUGGUUUAUUCCAAGAGGGAAGAGAGGGUUUGGCCUUCUCCAAACCCUAAAACCAUCCUCUCCCUUUUUGCUGGCUCUUGGCAAGCAUCAGAGUCUCUCUUGGCUUUAAGGAGUUCUCAGUGUUUCCCUAGGAAACAUCGUGGGUGCUGAAGGGACUUCAGGAGUUGUUUGGAGAGCAGGAGGGUGGAGGGAGGGAAGGGGAACAGAGCUGGGAGUGCAGCUCUGGGGACAAAGGGUGGGAACCCCCUGCCCCAGCCCACCCUGCUGAGGGGUCAGCCAGGCUGGGGGCUGCUGGGGAGGGGGACACUUCUGGCUUUUUGGGCACAGCAGGGAGGCAGACCCUGUUCCAGCCUGUGGGAUUCUGUGUGCUGCUCUGGCCAGGGGUUUUGGAGUGUGUGUGCUUUUUGGAGUGUGAGUGCUCUACGCUGGCUUUGUCCUGGUUUGUCUUUUUUUAAAUUGAAUAACAAUUUAGAAAGGCUUUUUAUUUUUUCACCAUCUACUUCCUUUUCUAUCCUGGGACCUGUUCCAAACCCUCUCUUGCCCCAGGCUGUGGGAUCCCACCCUGCUGCCAGCAGGGAAGGAAUAUUUUGUACCUCCAGCACCUGGAUCCCAGGCUGAGCCAAGCAUUCCUUAGGGUGAUGGGGACACACCUCACGGGGCUGGGGAGAGGCAGGGCUCACAGCAGGCUGAAUUGUGGGGUUUUGCCCCAAAAUCUCCCCCCCAGCACUUCCCAGGGCUGCUGAGUUCUGCCAGCAGUCUGGGCUGCCCCAGGCCUUGGGGCUGCUCCCAGUUGGUUGAGUUAUCCCUUUCCCAAAGGGAUCGAGGUGCACAAGAACCUUUUCCCUUUAGACACUCGUGUUUUCCAUGGGUGCUGUCUGUUGGUACAGGGUUUUUUUGCCAAAUAUUCCUACUUUUUAGGCUCGAACCAGCACAUGAUUUGUUUUCUGCUGCAGUGCAAUGCACCUUGCUUGGAAGGAUCAGAAUUUUUUACAGUUCUUUGUACUGUUUUUUUUAUUUUCUGUGUGGUGAAAUCAGUAAAUGGAUUAAAAAAGACACAAAAGGUUGAGUUUUCA